AUGAAGGCUAGUCUAUCCGGCCUUGGAAAGUUUCCAUUUGUUGUGAUGGCAAACAAGAGAGAUGAAUGUGAUCUUCACAAGGUUUGCGAAAUUAAAGCCUUGAAGAAGUCAGGGGUGGAAAAAGCUUGGAAGAUUCUUGAAAAUGUGGCCAAACAGAUCCAACCCAUUAUGUGUAACCACAAAUGGCGUGUCAAGCUUCUUUUUGAGGUCUGGUUUAAUGGUGCAUUAUCACUUGAUCUCUCAAAUGAUCAUCCAAAUAUGCGUAUCAUCCAUCGGAUAGUCGCAAUUAUAUUGGGACAGUGGGUUUCUGAGUUUUGGUUUUUUUCUUCUGUUUAUCUGGAUUUAUGGCUUGAUAGAGAUGAUACUAAGCUUCUAUGGAGAGGUGCUGAGUGUUGGAAUGGGUGUUUAAAGCUUUUGGGCAUUGCUGAAGCAACAGAAGCAUCAAUGGAUUCUGACCAGUUAAGCUCUGGAAUUUCAGAUUUUGAUACUCACUUUCAAGGCCUCAUAGUUCAGAAAAGUCAACUUUCAAAUGUGAAGAGCGUAGAAAGAAGUUCUAGGCCAUUUGUAAUGCGUGUUCUCGAUGAUGAGGUGGAUGACAUUGACAAUGCAUAUGAGGAAGCUCAAGAUAGAAGCUCCCUUUCUGCUAAUAGGUUUAAUUUUAACGACCUUUAUGUUAGUGAUGAUGACGACUCUGAGAAUGAGUCAGCACUUGAAUCAGAUUUGGACUUUCUGUUUUCUAAUUUUUGGGUCAUCAUCUGUAGUGCCGAAGCACUUGAUAAUCACUUGACUGCUAUCCAAAGGGACCAUGAACUCAGGUCCCAGAUAGAAGAAAGGAAAAUAAGAAGUGAUGCGGCUUAUGAAGGGGCCAAAAGAAAAGAGAAAGCUCUCCUGGAAGAAAAACUCCGCCAAGAAAAAGCCAAAGCAGAAGCUGAGGCAAAACUCAGAGCUGAAGAAGCAAAUAGGGCUGCAAUGGAAGCUCAGAGAAGAGAAGCAAAAGAGGCUGCUGAAAGGGAGGCCAAUGAAGCAUCAAGCCAGGCUGUUGUUCAGAAGGAAGCUUUAGGAUUGCAAACUAAAGCCAAAACUAAGGAAUCUGAAUUUGAAAAACCAAUAAAUUCAGCAUCAGCAGGUGACAUUACUAAAGCUGCAGAAGUUGCACUAAAGUUGGAGCGUGAAAGAUUAAAAAAGUUGGAAGACUUGGAUGAAGGAAACAAGGCAUUAGGAUUGAAUGUAAAUAAGGAGGUUUCUACUGGUGUGAAAAAGUUAUUGAGGGAAUCGUCUGGCCAGUACAGCGACUUCAGUAUUCUUUCCUCUUUAAAUUCUUAG